AUUGAAAUAAACAUUUAAAUUUUUAUAUAUUGAUUUAUAACACGUAUUCAAUGAUUACUUAUAUUCAUUUAAUAACAGAAUGAUAGUAAAAAACUGUAUUAGAGGAUUGUUUUGCCGCUUUGUACAAACGAUAAGUUGUGUACGAAAAAAUUCAACAGCAAAAUAUUGUUUGGAAUUAGUUAGAAAACAUGAUUUUGAAAAUUAUUUAUGUACCUUAUUAUUACACAAAAAUAUAAGAAGAACUGGGUUUGCUGUCAGAGCAUUUAAUAUUGAAAUAGCAACUCUUCAAGAUCAAAUAAGUGAUAUGAAAAUUGGAGAAAUGCGGUUUAAAUUUUGGGAGACAUCUUUAAUUGAAAUAUAUAAAAAUAAAAUCCCAAAACAUCCUGUGCUUAUUGAACUUUAUACAGCAAUAAAAACACAAAAAUUAAGUAUAAUAUAUUUGAAACGUUUAAUCUCAUCUCGAGAAAAUUAUAUGUUAAAUUCAUCUCUAAAAACCAUUGAAGAUUUGGAAACUUAUGCUGAAAACUCUGUUUCGCCAAUUUAUUAUUUGUUUCUAGAAGCAAUGGAGAUUAAAGAUAUGACAGUUGACCAUACUGUAAGUCAUCUAGGUAAAUGUCAAGGAAUUGUGAACAUUAUUAGAGGUAUUCCUUAUAAUUCAAAAUCUGGACGUAUAUCAAUACCUCAAGAUAUCCUGUUAAAAUAUAAAGUAUCUUAUGAAAAUAUUAUAAGAAAUUCAAGUGAACAGAAAGUGCGUGAUGCAAUUUAUGAAUUGGCUUCAAGAGCUAAUAGUCAUCUAAUGAAGGCCAAAAAAUUAGAAAAGGAAGGAAAUAAACGUAUCAAAUCAAUAUGUUUACCAUUUGUUCCUCUUCAUUUGUAUUUAGAAAAACUUCGAAAAGCAGAUUUCAAUGUAUUUGAUAAACAACUACAAGAACGAAAUAAUUUAUUACCUAUGAAACUAUUAUGGCAUAAAAUAGUUAACUAAAAUAAUUAUUUAGUCAAAUAGUAUUUUUAAAGUUUUUAUUAGUACACUUUUGUAUACUAUGAUUGAGAAAACAUUAAACCACUUUUGUUUUCUCUAUCUUAAAAAUGUACAUCAGCAAAAUUGCGUUUAGUAGAACUAAUUUUAUUUUGUUAACUUUAAUACUAAAGCGA